CAUACCUUACUCUGCGGCCGAGUUCCGUCGCUAUUGGCAACCACAGCGGCUCCGGGCACUACGGCUAGUGUACGGUAACGCGAAGCGGCGCCCGCACGCCAUGCGCACGCGCUCCUGACCCAGUGACGUGCACCAUGAAAGUGAUUAUUGUGGCAUUACUACUGGCUCUGCCUUUCUCUCGCUCUCAGGAUGAAUCCUUCGCGAGCUCUUUCCUGUCAGGGCUCCUGGACACGCUGGACACCCAGGUGGACGCGAAGAACUGUCCCGGGGUGUGCAUGCACGCGCUGACGUCGCUCAUCUGCUCCAACGUGCUGGAGGAGGUGGAGUGCCCGAAGCCGUCCAUGAAAUGCUGUAUUGAUGAACCGCUAGGCAACGACACAAUGGUGACCACCAGACGACCGUUCACCACCCGGUACACCACCACGGAGAACUACGACGACGAGGACCCCACAACCAGACAAACAGACAAAUAUAAAGACAGUGGUAACAUAGCCUGCCCAGGCGUUUGCGUAGAGUCCCGAUUAACGCAGUACUGUGAAGCCUACCUGACUUCGGGUGGACUGUGCGUAUCCGGUAGGCUUUGCUGUGUCUCCAAGGAUGGGUAUGGGGACCGUAGACCAUCAGACCUGGUGGUGCCUAAUGAGAAGAAGCAUUCAACUAAACGGCCUACUACUGCGCUCACAACAACACAAGCACCCAGAAGGCCAGGUCGCAAGUGCCGUGGAGACUGUAUAAGCGGUCUGUUCGCGUUGCUAUGCGACCAUGUGGAUGAAGAUGCAGUCUGUCCGUCAGAAGGCACGUGCUGUCUCACGGAUGGUGGCGAUACUACAACCAGGCGACCCACUACAAGUACCACACCGAGGCCUACUACUCCGGCUCCUCUCCCCCGUUGCCCUGGUUACUGCCUGCUGAACAUAAUGGCUGCCUUCUGUGAGCGACCCGCCGUGCUCCUGUCACACACCAACUGUAAGCUUAGUGGCUCCAUCUGCUGUGAUAAUACUAGGCUACCACCGCGCACAACGCCCCGGACCACCACGACCACUACGACCACGACGCCCGCGCCUGUGGACCCGCGGCCUGACUGCCCUGGCUCAUGCAUCGUGUCCUUGCUGUCUUUCACUUGUUUCCGCAACGCAGAAAUGACAGACGUGUUCAAAUGCAAAAAGGCGGGAACGCAGUGUUGCGCGCCAAAAUCGAAAGUUCUAGAAGCGAUGGGUAUCAACAGGAACGACUCGUUCCCGCUCGCGGUCACUCACCCGCCGCACACAUACGUGACCCCGUAUACGUACACGCCCGCUCCGACUUACACACCACCACAUACAACGCCUAUGCCAUACGAACCGAAUUACGCGACGUCAUUACGAGCGCCCGAAAAAUACAACAAAUACGUCUGUGGAGUUAAAGGCACAUCAUCCCGCGCGGGCCGCGUGAUGGGCGGCGAGGACGGCGAGCGCGGUGAAUGGUGCUGGCAGACAGCGCUGAUCAACAGCUUGAACCAGUACAUCUGUGGAGCCGCGCUGGUUGGCACGCAGUGGGUGCUUACGGCUGCCCAUUGUGUUACCAACAUCGUCCGCUCCGGCGACGCCAUGUACGUCCGCGUGGGCGACCACGACCUGACGCGCAAGUACGGCUCGCCCGGCGCGCAGACCCUCCGCGUGGCCACCACAUACAUCCACCACAACCACAAUAGCCAGACCCUUGAUAACGAUAUCGCGCUGCUGAAGCUGCAUGGGAAAGCGGAGCUCAAGGAAGGUGUAUGCCUGGUGUGCUUGCCGGCUCGCGGAGUGAGCCACGCCGCGGGAAAACGUUGUACUGUCACCGGAUACGGUUACAUGGGAGAAAGCGGUCCCAUACCGCUUCGAGUCCGAGAAGCCGAGUUACCCAUAGUGAGUGACGCGGAAUGCAUUCGAAAAGUGAACGCAGUGACCGAAAAGAUAUUCAUUCUUCCCGCCAGUUCGUUCUGCGCGGGAGGUGAGGAAGGAAAUGACGCGUGCCAGGGAGACGGAGGCGGCCCUCUAGUAUGUCAAGACGAUGGUUUUUACGAAUUAGUAGGUCUCGUAUCAUGGGGCUUCGGUUGUGGACGAAAAGACGUGCCAGGAGUUUACGUUAAGGUGUCCUCGUUUAUUGGCUGGAUCAAUCAAAUCAUAUCCGUUAAUAAUCUGUAAUCUAUGAAAUAUGUCAUCUGUACCUCCCGUACCAUAAAGAAUUGCGCGCGAAACUAAAAUUUUAGUUUAAGCAAAAGAAAAAAUCAAUUUUAUUUGUAGAUAUGGUACCUACUUACGUAUUAUUUCGUUCGGUUUAUUUUUUAAGUGGUAUCUUUUACAUGAUAAAAUAAAUCUGUGUCGGUAAAAUCAUGAUGUGUGAACUCUUACAGGUAAAUAGUUUUUUUUGCAAUUCAUGACCAAUUCAAAUCCCAGCUUUCGACCAAUUAUUUACUUCAUAAUCGAUUAUAUUUUAAUCUAAACCUUAAUUUUAUUUAUCAUUGCAUUUAAUUUGGAACGGAACUACACAAAAAUUCGUAUGAUAGUAACCAGUGUGCAUUUAUAUUUUUCAUUGCCUUAAAUAUUACGUUAAAGGUGCUAUAAUAUGUUAUUGUUAAUAGGAAUCUGAAUCUUUUAAAUUGUUUACUUUUUUUAAUCAAUAAU